AUGGCUCUUGUAAAACAAACCCUAACCAUCAUUUUCAUUUCCGCCCACAUCAUUUCUACAAUACAUGUGAAUGCUCGUUUCGCACCUUGGCCUGCGGCCGAUGCUGGCGCACCGGCCGCAGCUGAUAUCGAAGAGUCAGAUAUAGAACCUAACCCAUCUGACCUCCUCCCGUUGCCCGACAUCACAGAGAUAAUACCUGAUGAAACUGGUGGGACAGACGCCGAUGUGGCUAACAGGGUCACCAAACAAAUGCAAGUCAUUGGGAAAAAGAUCGAUGAGUUCAACGCAUCACUCAAGGCCCGAAUGGAAAACCCUAAUACAUCACACGGAACCAAAGAAUGUCUCACGGAAUGCGAUGAGGUUUUCGGUGCGGCUGUCGAUGAUAUCAGGAAUACUAUUGACAGCCUCGAAAACUUAAACCUAAUGAAGGCUAAUUUUGAUGUUAGCGCAGUUGCCACCAAUGUUGACACGUGUAAUGACUGCUUUAAAGAGAUGGUUGGUGGAGACCCGGAGGUAGAGAAAUUCAGUGAUUGGGUUCGGAGCAUCACCCGAGAAGCCCUUGAAGCUCUCCAAAAAACCACCAAUUAA